AUGACUUCCAUACACAUGUACGAAAUAAAUGAUAUGUUUGACAAAUCGCAUUUUAAAAUCACACCGUGCGAAAUUCUACCGAUUGUAAGAGAAUUUUUCAAGCAGUCACCAAGCGAACGUAAUAUUAUCACCAAUGUUGAUGAGAUCCGAAGAUAUCUAUCGGAUAUAAAACCAUUUUCACGCUUACGAACAUCAUUACAAAAUCAAAUCUUACAAGAAGCAUGGUAUGAAUGUUAUCCUGAACAGCGUACAAUUAUUCGGCAAGGUGCUCGUCCUGCAUGUUUCUAUAUUAUUUUAUCUGGCACAGCAAUUUUAACAUAUAGAAGAACGGCUGAUCAGCACAUUGAAACAUUAGAUGUUCUACGACGAGGAUGUACAUUUGGAGAUUUCAAAGCCAUCUACAUGGGAGAAGAUCGAAACUGCAGUAAAGAUGAUUUAAAAUUUCUCAAAACCAAAGUACCAUUUCUACGUGGUUUUGCAAUAAAUGCUCUAAAUGAAUUUCCUCAUGCAAUUCAAAAUUGUAAUUAUGGUCAAUCAGAAGUCAUUGCUCAGGAUACUCGUUGUAUGAGACAUAUUUAUAUUGUUAGAAGUGGUUCACUCGACAUAUGGAAACGUUUGGAUCCUGAUGGUUUCGUUCCAAAAUUAACCAAAUAUGAUUAUGAUCAAUUAAAAAAUGAAAAAAUGGUUGAUGAUACAAAUGAUCAUGUUGCUGAAGCGACAGGAGAGAAUAGUGCAUUGUUUUCAGAAGUUCAAAUUAGUGGUGAAGUUGACGAAUCGAAUGGAACAAAUUUCGAAACAGAUGCUCGGUUAAGUUUUUUACGUCGCUCGAAAAUUAGCGACGAAAAAGGACCUUUCGGCGCAGCUGCCAGAUUAGAAAUAAUUGCGAAUUUUGAAAAAAAAUUUCCUGGGAUUGCCGAUAAACGAGAUAAAUUACAAUUGAUCGACUAUGAUGAAUUACCAAUUAAAAAACCAAAUAAUGAAGCGUCAGCCAACAAACCGAAUAAUGAAUUAACAGUCGAUGAAGAAAAUGAUGAGUUCCCAAACACGAACCCGAAAGCAUGUGAAAAAAAUGCAUUAGUGAAACGAAGUCGAUCAUUGAUAAAUACACCAUCGAAAUUAAUAUUUCCUAGAAAAAGAAUUUAUAUACGCAUUAAAACAUUAACUGAGGGUCAACAUUUUGGUUUAAACGACAUGCUUUUUCCAAAUCAAUCAGCUUUAACUUUAGUUAGUAAUAAAUGCGAAUGUCUUCUAUUACUUAAAUCAUCGUUCGUACGGAUCGCAACUGAUCACUAUAAGCAAAAUAUUCGUCGAACUGAAAUUCCGUUUCCAUCGGAUUCAGAUCUCUAUGAGUCAUAUCAUCGAAAUGAAGUUUGGAAGCGCUAUUCGAAAUCAAUCUACAGAGAUACAUGUCAGAAAAUGAGUCUACGUCGACCACAAGCCGUUCGACGUCCAUCGCAUUCGUAUCAAAAUGAAAAAACAAGAACAAACUCUUAUCUACCCGAUAUAGUUUAA